AUGGCUGACGCUCCUCCGCAGGCAACCGAGACGGUGAUCAAGUUCUCCGGCGAUACAGCAACGGACGCCGAGAUGUUGAACGUCGUAAUGGCCAAAAUUGAGGCUGAACUCGCGAGACGACCAAGCCUCGGGAAGGCAGCUGGAUACCGGAUCCGGAAACAGGGGCAAGAAGAUGCCAAUCGUAUCCGAAAGUUCGAAAAUUACAAGGGCCCAGACCAUGCUACACUUGCAGAGCUCGAGACAAAUCUCGACAGCUGGACCAGGUCUCCCUUGAUUUUCUGGGAUGGUAUUUUCAGCGCCGGCUUCGAACUCGGGGAACCACAAGCGUAUCCUGCUCUCUGCCACAUGCAAUUGGAAAAGAGUGAUGACGAUGACGCUUAG